UAAUGCUUCUGAUGCUAAUGAGCAACAUGACGCCGAGAUCAAUUCUGCAAGAGUUGCAGCUGAGCAAGAUGUCGCAAAGGACAAUGAGGAUGUGCUUCAGCAUGUCGAUGGAGUAUCUGAACAGGAACGGGGAUCGAUAUCUGAAGUCAUGGAAACCGUCAGAGCUCAUUCGAGUACGCUAGAGACUGUUCGGGAGGAACACUCCGGCCAUGCUACUUGCAUUGAGGAGAAGGCACGGGAAACCUUCCUGGACAAUUAUAUGGAUUAUGAACCUAGUGGCAAUACACCUGUAAGGUGUGAGCAGGAUAUUCCGAGCAAAGGGACGAUUGAGUCGCUUCGAGCGAUGCCAAUGGAGGCUCUUCUUGAGGAAUUCCGAGAAAACCAUUCGUACGAGUCAUUUGAUGGCAAAGACUUGAAACCGUCGCUCAUACCACGCUCACCCCUCACACAAAUCAACUGAUACUAUUAUUCUUUUUCCCCCGGUUUUAGCUGAUUUUGUUGUAUGGAAUUGAGAACGGUAUUUGUAUAAUUAGUGUAUACCGUGAUUAUUUUCCUUAUAAAAUUGUUAGAUGAUUUAGUAGAUGGUUGAGGGUGAAUCCUUGCUCAUUUCUAGUUGAGGGGUGUCAAUAAAUCCCAUCUUGGGAUUUGGCAAUCUGUAGCUCUAAAGGGAAUGUAUAUUGAG